AUGCUCCCAUGCAACCUCUUGGUGAAGAAGCGUGAUGGCACAGUCUAUGAAGGCGACUGCUGGCCUGGCAGAUCCAGCUACGUUGACUUUAUAAAUCCAGAGGCACGCAAAUUCUGGGCCGACCAAUUUGCAUUUAAUAAGAUCUAUCAGUCCAGCCAUGGAGAAUGCGGGCGUCUCUGGCCGCGUGUCGGUAACAGAUACUGGCAAGUCAAUAGUGCCGGCUGCAACCACUUCAUUUUGCUGGGGCUUAGUGGCUCGUUCACGGCUGCCCUCAGCAUAACGUUUUUGGUUGUAGCAGAGUACUCGUUAAAAGCCUUUUUAGCAUUCGCAGAAACAGAUGACAAACUUCAGCAUACACUUGAGAGCGAAGAAGAAGAGCGCAUUCCCGACCAGAUGGAGAAAGGACAGAUCUUGAUAUCGGAAUCGGAAGACUCGCAAGCCCGUCUUGAGGUAGAAAAGCAAGCACUUAAAUACGGAAUAGUACUUCAAAACAACUCGAGCAGAACUUCCAUCCCAGAAUUCGUUGGUAAAUGGUGGGAGUGGCACAACAUGUGGGAGUUACUCAAUGCUACAGUAAAUUCAACUCCUUGGUCGGAUCUCCAAAAGUUUAACUACCUUCUUCAAGCCCUAGAAGGAGAAGCACGACAAUCUGCCAAGAAAUACCGAAUAACUUCAAAAAGUUAUCGUUUGGUGGUGAAACAUUUGCAGGAAAAGUAUGGAAAUACAUCUGUCUUCAUCACCAACGUGCAUGAACAAAUGGAGUUAUGCACAGCUUGA